AUGAGUCUUUGGGAUGCCGCCCGGCAGGGCGAUACUCGUGUCAUCCGCCGCUGGAUCGAGGUUGACGGUGAUGCGGAUCGCGUGUACGACUUGCUGUUGCGCCCGACAUGCGCCACGCCACUUCCAGUCACUUCCUCCUCGUCUUCCUCCGCCCUUUCUCACAUCUCACUCCGCCCCGCU